UUGCUAUUCGUUGCUCUCGGUACGUCGUACCGUACAGUCAGGUCAGCCUUUUGGUCGCACCCAAGCGCGGUUGCAACUCACUGUGCCGUUCUAGUUCUACAAUCUAGAGAGCCAUAAAUAGCAGUACUUUGGAGAAAAAUAGAAUACAUCAAUUCACUAAAGCGUUAUGAGUUUAGUUUGCGUGUUCUCGUCUGUCGGCAGGUUUAGUCACAUGGCACUGAGGUGUGGACCUUCGAUGAGUGAAAAUAUUUAAUUUAGCGAAACGAGAGAACAAAAGAAAAAUGUGCUGAAACAUGAGGUAAAAGUUGCAAAUUAGUGUCCGGGGUGAGCACAAAGGUUUUCAUUUUAUUUACGACGUGCUCCAGCAAAGCAGAACGUAAUAAAAGUUGGAAAGCGACAGUGGCAAUAAUGCGAUCGAAAUGAGUGUACCGAUCUUCCGCAGAAAAUUGGAUUGAAUGAAAUUCGGAAAUCCCCAGCUGAUGGAAGUGCGAUUCGGUGGAAGAUUUCCAGCGGAAAGUGAAAAGUGCACUUCGGUGAAACGAGAUAGUUUACGCCCCUCUGCGACCGAGAGAAGAAGUCAACUAAGAUGGCUCACUUCUCUAUCUCGGAAAUGCGGGAUGUGAAAGUGACGGAUACAUUCCCGAAAAGCGGCCGUGUUACUGAAGUUUGCAAAGAAUGGCUGGUCCGGGAGGAUAGUGCAUUCGCAUAUCAACUUCAAAAUCAGGAAAUUUCAGAUCACUACAAAGGCAACAAACACCGCAAUCAGAUAGUACGCCAAGACUUCCCAACCGCGCUUUCGGAGCAAAUCCGGGAAAAGGAAGACGCCGAACGCCAAGCUGCGUUGUAUCAUCAGAUGAUCAAUGAGCAAGAAGAAAUGGAUGCCAAAGUUGCACGCGACAUCGCCGAUCAGUUAAAACGUGAGACUGAACUUAAGCGUAGGCUGGAAGCAGAGAAAGGUGAAAUGCUUGCUCGAAAGUUACAGGAACAGGUAGCAAUAGGCAACAGCAGGAAGCAUCAUCGGGUGGUCGAACCGGAGCUCGCUUUUCCAUUGCCACCUCGAAAUCAUCCGAAACCUGCACAACAGCAGGUACCCGCAAGACCGCCUUCAAUUCAUCACGCCUCGCCGUUUAUCGCACAUUCACCUCCGGGACAAGCUUCAGCUUUGGAGCAACCGGAUCUGCACUAUGCCUCUCUAGAACUUAAUUCGCCAAAGCGACCACCCCCGCAACCAAUAUUUCAGAACGGAAGAAAUUCAUCGGCCAACAUCUAUCAGGAAAUUUUGCACAAUCAAGCGCCGAACUUCAAUCGUUAUGAUCAAGAUGAGGAAGGUUAUACGAACAUAAAUCUGCAUUCACACACACCAGAAAAAAAGCAACCUACCUUCCCGAACCCCAGAAAUGGAUCCACGUCAGUUGAUAUCGUAGACAGCAUUCGACAGUACGAUUUACCGUAUGAAAAUGACUUCAGCUAUCAGCUCCCACCUCCACCCUCACUCAACGAUAUCACAGGUCACAGUCAGCAGCGAUUCAGCGGCCAAAGGACAAACCACAACUCGGAUGUGUACAACAAAUUCAACCAUAACGUUGGAACAGAAGAAGACUUUCGAAACAACUCGAAUUUUAAUAAAAUAUCACCGGAAAAAAUCGUCACUCCUCCGAGUUUGUCGGGAGCAUAUGGCGGAGCCUCUAGCAAGCCAUCCCGGGCAGCAGCUGCAGUAAACUAUAAUGCGUAUGAUGAUGACGACAUAGAGGAAGCUCUCGCUCAGCCUCUACCAUCGAAUCACACACCACAGCUCAAUCAAAUUGGUCUGCCGUCGAAUUUAGAACUGGGUGCCAGUUCAAGCUCUCGUUACUCGAACAGUGCUAGCAGCAUGGGACAUAGUUCACACUCGCAUCAGCAUCACCAUCAUCAGAAUCCUCAUAUGUACCAAAACCAUCACCCGCAUCAUGCCCAGAUUCAACAGCAACAACAACAACAACAGCAGCAGCAGCAGCAGCAGCAAGCUCUGCAGCAUAGUCAAGCAUCCCCGACGCAUUCCAAGAGUGGAAACUAUGAAAAGGCUGAUCGGAUACGGACCCUUAAAGAUUUGGGACUACCACCGGAGGAAAUCCAUGAAAUCGAUAAAAGGCUGGAGCAGGAGCUGAAGGAUGAGGAGCUGGCUCGAAAACUGCAGGAACAAGAAGCAGACGGACUGGAUCAAGAGGUGAUUGAUCGGCGUGUUGCUAUGGAAGCUCAAGACAAAGAGCUCGCAAAGAUGCUGCAAGAGCGAGAACGAGCUAAGGCGAAACGCGCUCGAGAAAAGGCUCGCCUAAAGAAAGAGAUGCAACGUCAGCAGCAACAACUUCAAGAUCCGGAGGCAACCGAGGCUGGAGCCGUUGGUGAAAAUAGUUCAUCUCUGCCCCACGGAGAUCAACAGCCUGCUUCUCUGGAAGCGAUUGCCAGUGAUCCGGAUGGUGAUUCUUACUCAAAUCCGAUCGACUUGCUGCAACAAUCGCCAACGUCGGGGGCUGUUGGAGAAAUAGUUGGUGCUAGUAGUAAACGAUACUAUGGACCACCGGCGCAUUCCCCAGAGCAUGGCGUAGGUCAGCAUAGGGCCCAGAGUAGUGUUUCAUCGCAUGGAUCUGGGUCCGGAAACCACUAUCUAAACGCACAAUCUUUGCCUAGUGAAGACAGCUACUCGAAUCCGAUAGAUAUGAUAAGGCACCAAAAAUCCGCACCAAAUUUAAAAUUGUCGGCCAAUGUGCAACGGUUAGUUGAAAAUGGUCGUAAGGAUGAUGAUAUCUACGUACUGCCAGUUUCCGAUAGGGAAGAUAGUCGGAGCCCUCAACGGCCCAAUCAUUUGGAUGUUAGGGGAGUUCGGAUGUCAAGAAGUCAAUACACGGAUGAUAACAUUGCUGCCAGAAUUGACCCCACAUACAACACUUCAGGCACCAGCCCGAUGAACACCAACUCCAUGACAGCUUCAACGCUUUCGUCUCCUCCAGGUGAUAUUCUCGAAUUUUCCGAUCCCGGAUCAUCUAGUCCAGUGCCACCGUACAUGCCGAUACAGGGAACCAGGCGGAAUAACUCAGCCGACAAUAAGAAACGAAAAUCAAAAGAACGUUGUGCUCAACAAUGAAACAGAAUCCGGAAUGAGCAAUAGUUUUGAACUUGUUACUUAUAUAUUUACUAGUUAUUGCUAUUUGUGUCAACGCUAUCAUUAUUAUUCGAAUGAUAAAACAUGUCUAUGGGACAAUAACCCACAACAAAACCGACAGAAAAAAACGAUUGUCGAUGUCGUCGAUAUUUAUUGCGCGGUACUUUAUAUUAAUAGGAGUAUAGAGUAUAUUACUGUCUGUACCGGAAUCUCUUCGGAAAGAGUUAUGUAAUAUUUUUCUUCAAGCUAAAAUGUAAGGCUAAUUUAAACGCAAAUUAUUUUUGUAUUUUAAUUUUUAUUUACAAAGCAGGAAUACUUUUUGUGAAUGCGUUUUAUAUCUAUUUUCUGUGUACACGUAUUUAA